AUGGGGUUGAGGAGAGGGCAGGGUAGAGACGCAGGAGUUCAGAUCGAUCCUUGGGAGGAUGCAGACUACAGCAUAUACAGAGUUACGGAUCGCUUUGGAUUUCUUCAUGAAGAAGAAUUACCCACACCCAGUGCCAUUGAAGAGAAGCAAAAACAUGUGGAGAUUGAGAGGGUGCAGAAAUGGCUGAAGAUGCUGAAGAACUGGAACAAGUACUGGAACAGUGACCGGAUGAUUAAGCGGGUGUAUAAAGGCAUCCCUCUACAGCUGAGAGGACAGGCUUGGGCCCUGCUACUGGAUGUCGAGAAAGUAAAGAGCGAUAAUGCAGGAAAAUAUGAGACAAUGAAGGAGCAAGCCCUGCUGUACUCUUCCGAAAUCAAACAGAUCGACCUUGAUAUCAACAGGACCUUUCGAAACCACAUCAUGUUUAUGGAUCGAUUUGGUGUAAA